AAGUGGAGAGCGUACAAGUCAACCCGCGCACCAACCAGGCAACCACAACCACAAUAGCAACUAGCAUUUCUCUGUCAUUGCUUUUUUGGGUUUUGUUCAUUUCUAGCAAUAAAGGCACUUCUCUGUCAAUCUCUUAUUCUCCGAGAAAGGGAAAAGAAUGGCAAGAGCAGGAGGGAUAACUAACGCCGUGAAUGUGGGUAUUGCUGUCCAAGCCGAUUGGGAGAAUCGCGAGUUUAUCUCCCAUAUCUCCCUCAACGUCCGCCGCCUCUUUGAGUUCCUCGUCCAAUUUGAUGCUACAACAAAGAGCAAGUUGGCAUCUUUGAAUGAGAAACUUGAUACAUUGGAGCGCCGCCUAGAGCUGCUAGAGGUCCAAGUGGGUACUGCAUCUGCCAACCCAUCUCUUUUUGCUGCCUGAUCUAUGUAUGUAUGUUUUUAAUUCGAUCAUCAACGAUUUACUUCCUUUUCUGUACAAAUGCUGCUUCCGGAGAGAACCCUUUCUUGUCCAAGUUGUGUAUGAAAACUGAAUUGCUCAUCUUUGCACCCAAUUUUCCAGGUAAUACAUAUACAUAUACAUAUAUUUCUGCUAUUUCUUUGUUCAAA